AUGAGGUCGAACUGCUCCGCUGGGGUCUUGCGGAAGUCGUGCAUCGUGGUCUCAACAACGGCCGAAAUGGUGGCUGCAGCUGCCUCGUCGAGGCCGCCGCUUCUGCUACUGCUGUUGACGCCGCAGAUGUCCAACAAGUCUAAACAGGCAUCGAGAAGGCGCUCGUUAUGUAGUGAUGCAUCGCGGUGCGCCUUCUCCACGAUGCGCUGGUGCUGCACCGUGUUCGGGCUCAGCGCAGGCUUCUUGUCGUCGCCGCUCCCCUCGCGAGGCGAGAAGGGAUUCCAGAAGCAUCGCCUACUGCAGCUGUUGAUGCUGCAACGGCUGUGA